AUGAGUCCCUUCUUCGAGACAGCAGCGACGGCUGAGGAUGGUGAUCUGGCGAUCCUGCAUCUCAAGCGAGACACACUCACGCCCAUUACGCUACGGAGCACCGCAGACGAUGGAUAUGCGGAAGGCGCGGUGACGAAUACCAGAUUUGGCAGUUUUCCUCACAGCACGUUGAUCGGUUUAGAAUGGGGUGCUCAGGUGAGAGCGAGCAAGGUUGACACGGGUACUCGAGGGCGUAAAGGUAAACAAGUGAGGCAAGAUGGUGUGGCUGUCAGCAUGGAAGAGACCACUACAAGCCCUGGUCAACCUGCAGAGCCAGUUGCCCACUUGAACAACAAGCGCAAGUCGGAAGAGCUGGAGCCGGAAGCACGCCUGGAACACCCUGUACCUAAGAAGCUGAGGACUGCGAGUGAUCGCGUCGACUCGACUGCCGUACAGCGUGCUGCCGUGGCAACAGUCACACCACUAGAGGCUGGUUCCGGCUUCGUACAUCUCUUGCAGCCCACACCGGAAAGCUGGACUUCAUCUUUAGACCACCGAACGCAGGUCGUGUACAUCCCAGACUAUAGCUAUAUUUUGCAGCGGAUACGUGCAAAGCCAGGACAAUCCAUCAUUGAAGCAGGCGCGGGCAGUGGCAGCUUCACUCAUGCUGCUGCACGAGCAGUCUUCUCCGGGUAUCCUGGUUCUGAGAACCCCAAGAAGCGAAAAUUGGGUAAAGUGUACAGCUAUGAGUAUCACGAGCCUCGUGUUGAGACAUUGCGGAAAGAGAUCAAUGAACAUGGGCUUGACGAUAUCGUGCAUCUCACUCACCGCGACGUGUGCAACGAUGGUUUCCUCCUUACAACACCCGACAGACCAUCACCAAACGCCAACGCAAUCUUCCUAGACCUCCCAGCUCCUUGGCAAGCGCUUCGCCACCUCACACGCAUACCAUUCGAAGAGCAAGUCAUAGCCACGACCACCUACCUACGCAAGAAUGGCUGGACCGAAAUUGACAUGGUCGAAGUCCACAACCGCCGCAUGGACGUCCGCCGUGAACAAGUCGGUCUCAAGAACGAAGGUCUUCGAGGAGUCAAUGCCAGUGCUGCGACUGUCGACGAGGCUGUAUUCCGUCUCCGCGACGUCGAACAAAAGAUUGGCGACUUUCACGCCUCAAAGAUCGAUAGACAACUAAACGCACAAGCAAAUGCGGCAGGAGCUGGUGGCGCAGUACCGAAUGGUUCGGGGCGGAAGGUGCAGAGUAAAGCGGAUCGGCUGGAUAAGAUUAAGCGCGAUGCGGAGGAGAGGAAGCUGUAUAAGGAAGGUAAUCUGGUGCAUAGGACUGAGACUGAGGUCAAGACGCAUACGAGUUAUCUUGUCUUUGCUACAUUGCCUAGGGCAUGGAAUGAGGAUGAUGAGAGAGCUUGUGCCGAGUCGUGGGACGUCGAGGCCAUGAUGAGGGGUGAGAGAAGUGGUGGGGAGACGAAGAAGGCAUGA